AUGCCUGUACGGGUAAUGAUCCACCAACCUGCUGCCUCUUUUUAUGAGGCACAGACGGGAGAAUUUAUCUUGGAAGCGGAAGAACUACUGAAGCUGCGCGAAACCCUCACAAGGGUUUAUGCACAAAGGACAGGCAAACCCUUAUGGGUUGUAUCCGAAGACAUGGAAAGAGAUGCUUUUAUGUCAGCAAUAGAAGCCCAAGCUCAUGGAAUUGUUGAUCUUGUAGCGACUGAAUAA